AUGGCGGAUAGAACCAGCGUCAAUUCUUAUCCUGUGUCCGGUGACGUGUCCGGAGAGGUAUCUGGAGAAGACUCACAGAGCCUAGUGCUCCCAACCCCAGGCCUCAAACCAAACCCCAUCGUGGACGAUCUGAAGGAGCAUCACUUGAACAAAGGUGUCCUGAUCCCACUCAAGACGACCCAAGAAGUCUGCCAAUACCAUACCGCCGUUCACGCGUACAUUACUCGGGCGCCGACAAAGUCCGCCAACGACGUCAUAUCAGCCUUGCGAGCAUUACGACCAGAGGGUGGUGCUAAUCCCCUACCCCAUCUUCGUACCUGUGCAAAGCCGACAGACCUGCCUGCGCACCUGAAGACGCAAUUUAUGAAUGAUGAUCCGGUGGGCCGCCAGAUUCAUACCAGCAAGUCUACAUGGAUCUACAUCAUUGCAGGCGAGGUCAGAGAGAUCAGCAAGUCAGACCUCAUCAAGGCUCUAUCGACAGUGGAAGCGUUAGAAAACCACCUCUUCAUCGCCACCAUCGCCAUUCCACUAUUGGCCCCUACGUCGCAGGUGCAAGCUGCGCUGUGGUCGUCUCAGUAUUGGCCAACAGUUUACCGCAAGAAUAACCCCCUCGGUCCCCAUCCUAGCAUGGUGGGUCGCGGAACCGAUGAGAUUAAGGAGGACGCAUCAUUGUGGAUGGCCCUGGCCCAUCGAGUCGCCUUGCAAGCAAAAGAGGCGGGCAUCGGGGAGGCUAUGGGGGCUGUGAUUGUUCAGAGAGGAGAAAACGGUGUCGAGUUGGUUGGUCUUGCUGGCGAUGCCCGUAAACAUCAGGAGUGUAAUGGGGCCGUGCUCAACAACACCGUGACACACUGCGUGCUUCGGGCCAUCAGCAUGGUGGCCCAGAAACUUGUGAGGCACGAACACCGAGAGGCCGGCAUAACUGCUGAAGCGGCGAAUUUAUACUACGACUGUUUUCAAGACAAGCCCUUGAUUGAGCUGGAACGCCAGUGCUUUGAGCAAGAGCAUCCAAACAAGGACGGCUACCUUUGCCAUGGAUUGGAGCUCACAUUCGAAUCCACAAGUUGGCGGACCAUUGAUGAGAAUUCCAGAUACGGCGCAAAGACGGAGGGCUUUAUCUGUCUGCACGGUCCACUGGCAGGGGGCCAUGGCUAUUGUUGA